AUGUGGUGGUCGGUUUUCGUUUCUGCUUCAUUGAUUCUGACACUGGAUCGCAUUGCGGCACUCUGGGCUGUACUUGUCCUGCGCUCAGAUUUGUUGUGCUCAUCGUUUUCACUUCGUUCUCGUGAAAUCCUUAACGAGUAUCGAAGGGGAUUACUUCACAUCGUUUCUUGUCGUGUACCAGGAUGUUCGAAAGAAAUGUGGUGGUCGGUUUUCGUUUCUGCUUCAUUGAUUCUGACACUGGAUCGCAUUGCGGCACUCUGGGCUGUACUUGUCCUGCGCUCAGAUUUGUUGUGCUCAUCGUUUUCACUUCGUUCUCGUGAAAUCCUUAACGAGUAUCGAAGGGGUUGA